UGGUUUAGAGAUAGCCUAUCUCUAGUUCAUAAUAUACAGAACAUAGAUAGGACACAUACUAAUCCUAAUUCUUUUUUAGCUUCAAAGCCAACUAACAAAAUUUCUGUUUAUCAAAAAAAAAUUCCGAAACAAUUUUCAGUAUCUCUACUCCAACAGAGAGAGACUUUGAAGACUGAAUCGAAAUUAUCUGAUACAGAUAAAAAUCAAAGAACUCGUCAAUUUAAUAAAAAUAACAAACAUACCAUAAAAAGAUUUUCUUAUGAGUCAAUUACAAAUUUUGCUAUUUCAGAAGUCAAAGAAAACAUUGCUUUAGAAUCAACACGAAACUCUAUUAUAUUACAUCCAAAGCAGUUGGCCCCAGUAAUUCAACUAUUUAUAAAAAUUAUGACUAUAAAUAAAAUACAUCGAAAAACAUCUUUAAAGUCUCUAGUAAAUGAGCACACUGGUAAUUCUUCCUCACGAAAAUCAUUAGUAUCUAGUGACAUUUGUGUUUAUCAUAGGAAAGUAUUACAACUUUUAAUUGUAAAUAAUUUAACAAAUAAUGUUUCAAAAUCAAAAAUUAAUUCUUAUGAAUUUAAAAAUCAAUUGAAUAUAAAGCAUGUAGGUAAAAUUUGUGAUUCCUUAUCUAAAUCGUUUCCUCACUAUACUCCUUAUUAUAAACUAUCAGUUUGCAAUUUAUCAAAAAAUUCAAAAAAAGAACCAAAAUGUAACUCGGGAACUUGUAGUUAUUUUUCUAUCCCAGUGUAUACAACUCUUACGGUUAUUAGUUUCCACUGUCCCAACCCAAAGAUACGAUUUUCAUGGUGGCGAAAUAAAAUUUCGUGAAGGCAUGAGUUAUUAGAAAAAAAUGAUUAUGAAUAUCAAUAAUUAUUUGAAACUAAUGGUGCUACUUAAGUUUGUUUACAAGUAGUGAUUUCUAAUUCAUUAUUAUUGAUUCGCUGCACUAAGUUAAUUUUCAUUCAUCAUUAGCUUCGUGUUCCUGAAUUGAGUCGAGAGAUUACUAUCUACUCAUGAUUGAGGAUGGUUAAUAAAAUUUUCUUCCGUUACCAAUAAACCUAUCAUAGUGUCAAACGGCAACGGAAGUAUUUUUGAGUCAUUUACGAGCUUCACGAUCGUCUUAGAAUAUUUUUUACUACGCCUCAAACAGACAAAAUAAAUUUUGAAGACAAAGGAAUUAUGUUCGGAAAAUUUUUGCUUUAUUUUAAGUUUAUUGUUGUUAUAUUAUGAUUUAUUUACUUAUUUAGAGCUUUUAAUGAAACAACAAAAUGAUUCAAUAACUUGUCUGAUUAUAACUAGUUAUAAAAAGUUUCAGAUUUAAAACAGUGAUCAUUUCAUAUCGAAAAAACAAAUGGAAGUGAUAACUAUAAUAUAAACUCAGGAAAAAUUUUUUAUAUGAUAUUCUUCAUCUGUCCGAAAAAGUCCCUGGCAGAUCUGAAUUACGGUAAAAUUACCGUAAUUUACCACAUUUAGCCGUAAAUUACCGCAUAUACGUCAUUUAUGCGGCGAAUUUUACUGUAACUUACGGCAAUGCACAGUAAUAUACGGUAUUUUACGGCGAAUCACAGUAAAAAAUAUAUACACCACAGGCUUGCCGCAAUUUAACGGUAAAUUACCCUUUUUUUACAGCAAAUUUACGAUAACAGUACUUUUGCCGUAAAAUGCCGUGCGUUUACCAAAGAGUACCGUCUCUGACGAUAAAUUACCGAAUUUUACAGUAAAUUAGAGUAUGUUACCGUAAUAUACCGUAGAUCGUGUUCGCCAGGGGUUGCUAUAAGAUACUUCCAAGAUUUCUACAUAUAGUAAAAGUUGCAUUUAUGAUUGUAGUUUUAGAUUUCGUUUAGUUUUAAAAGAACCUUAAUUUUAAAAACCGAACAUUGAAAAAAAAAUAUCUUAUAUUGAUCUGAUAAUUAUAUUGUCUGCAGUCAUCAUAUUCUCAUAGAAGUAAGCUAAUUCUUCUAAAGAAAUUAACAAAAAAUGAUUUUACGUGUAAAUAGAUUAUAUCAGAUUUGAAAAAUUUCUAUUUUUCAAACAAUUUACUCUUAUUGUACAUUCAUGAACGUGCGAUUAUCGAAGAGUUUUUAAGGGAAGCUCUAGAGAAUGAAAUAAUAUAAUUCGGAAGUACCAAAAAACUUACUUAAUAAUUAAAAAUUUAAUAAAAUAGUUGCAAAAGAAUAUAAAAUGCUAAUUUUUUAAAUUUUGCUUGUCAAGAUGUGCUCAUUUAAAAUUUAUGGAAAUCAUUCUUUACGAAUAAAUUUAAAAGUAUGUUCAUUCAAUUAUUUUUUAUUUCGAUAUACGUUAAUAAAUGAUUCCUCUAUUAAUUUUGAAAAAGUCUCAUUCCUAAAAUAAAGCUAACAAACAAAACAAAAAUGAAAAACAAAAGAACCAUGCAAAAAUGUCUUAAUACCCUAGUUAAGAAAGCUGAUUUAAAGUGGUUUAUUCAACUCAUGCGCGCUAUUCACGUUUUACUAUGCCUAAAAUUCGAACCCUAAAUUGCCGUUUACUGACUGGUGAAAAAUUAUUUGUCAAAACGCAAUAAUGAUGUCUACUAUCCCGGCCAUUGUGACGUAAUAAAAAUAAACGUCACUAUCUUUCGGGCUCUAACUCAAUAUUGAGUAAUCACAAUUCUCUGUUGUUACCCAUUGAACAGCCAAGAUUGUGAUGCCGAAUGUUUUUAACGUGAAAUUAAAACUUUGACUUAUUGAAUUUAAAUUUCCGUGGAAUUAAAUCUACAUCUCUAUAAUUUUGUCACAUGAGUUGAAUAAAAUUAUGGGCGCAACAUGUAGGUUAAGUCAUAGUCCGUCAUCCGCGAGCUGCUUAGCAUUUAGCACUCAUCUUGUGCCUGCGCACCUGCAACUUGUACAAUCCAAAUCAGGCUGACAGACUAUGAAUAACACUUUACUAGUUACGCCAAUAACUAUUACACCGUUAAAUGUCCAUAUGAAAGAUGAUAAAAAAUUAUUUGAAUACUUGAAAUGAUGUAAAAUGAUUUUAACUCUAAAUACUUUAAACAAUUUUAAAACAUCUUUCUUAAUCAGAGUAGUAUACUAGGCUCAUAAUUAAAAAUAAAUUUUGGGUAACGAGAAUGAAUUGAUUCAAAAUCCACAGGUGAGUGUUAACAAAACACGAGUGUUAAAUUCAAUCGCUACUCAGUUAAACAACAAAUUUUUACAUCAAAUGUCAAGACAUAUAUCUUCUAUUGGUAGAAAAGAUUGCACAAGCUGAUUUACAAAAACAUACCAUAGAGUUAGAAUUAAUGUCAACUUGAUUCAUGGUCAUGGAAGCACUUAUCCAGACGACUCUUUCCAAGCUUAAUAUAUGUAUUGUAUUUACAUGUAGUCUGCGAUUUUUCGCUAUCAUAACUUGAAACCGAUAAUCAAUAUAUUUUCUCUGUUGGAUCCGAAUUACGGUGAUUACCGUAAUUUACGGAAUUUGGAAGAAAUCCGGUAUUUUACGGUAAAAUACCGCAAUUUACGGUAAAAGCACAGUAUUUUUCAGAAAAAGUUAUUCAGCAGAAUUGCUAUAAUUUACGGUCCAAUGCGGUAAUUUAUCUUAAUCCACGGCGAAUUACGUUAUUUACCGUAAUAUAGGUAAAUUACGGUAUUUUACCGCUCAUAACCGUAAUUUACCGUAGAUUGCGGUAAAUUGCCACAUUUCUACCUAAAUUGCGGUAAUUCUGCUGGAUACCGUAAAUUACGGCAAUUUACCGUAAUUUAGAUCCGCUAGGGCUGUAAAAUCCCUGGUGGAUCUCGAUUAUGAUAUCCGGCAAAACUACCGUAAUUUAGGUAAAAUGCGGUCAUGUACCGUAAAUUGCGGUAGUUUUACCGUAAAUUACGUCGAAAGGUCGCAAUUUACCGUAAAUUACGGUAAGUUGCCGCAUUUUAUCGUAGAUUACGACAAAUUACCGUAUUUUACGGUAAAUUGCGGUACUCCUGCUGGAUACUGUAAAUUACGGUAAUAACCGUAAUUUACCGUAAUUCGGCUUCGCUAGGGAUACCAUAAAUGACUUUAUAUUACAGUAAAAUGUCGUAAAUUGCGGAAAAUUCGCCGUAGAAAUACCGUAGUUUGCGGUAAAUUACGGCAAAAUCUGGUUAAUUACCGUAAUUCGGAUCUGUCAGGAAAUCUUAAAAUGGUAAGUUCAUAAUGACCCUCGCAGAUUUGAAUCACGGUGGGAACACCGUGAAAGUGUAAACAUCGUGGAUCCACUGUGGUUACACGGUGGGUUUGUUCUAUUUCACCACCGGGUAUACACAGUGUAUCCACUGUGAUUACGCGGUGUAUCCACCGUGAUUACGCGGUGGCUUGACCACUGUCUAUACACGGUGUUCCCACUGUGAUUACGCGGUGUAUCCACCGUGAUUACGCGGUGGCUUGACCACUGUCUAUACACGGUGUUCCCACUGUGAUUACGCGGUGUAUUCACCGUGAUUCCACGGUGGCUUUGUGCUAUUUCACCACCGUGUUUCCACGGUGUAUCCACCGCGUAAUCACAGUGGAAACACCGUGUAUACACGGUGGUCAAGCCACCGUGUAAUCACGGUGGAUACACCGCGUAAUCACAGUGGUAAAAUGGAACAAACCCACCGUGUUUCCACCGUGAUUCAAAUCUGCGAGGGGAAAACAAUAAAAAAAAUCUGGGCGUCGGUUGACCCUGCGGGCCAGCCCCAAAACUUCCCGCUGUUUUCGAGCUCAAGGAGCUUGAAAACAUUACUCUGAAUAUAUUUUCGAGCUCUUCUAGAUCGAAAAUACUUUUGUGUGCCAUUGUUUUCGAAAAAAACCGAUAUUAGCAUUUCUUUCUCCCACGAUAUCUCAGGAACGAAUUGACCGAUUUUGAUGGUUGAGGUGGCAAUCGGCGUAUUUUAUUGAGUUCUAGAGCUGAUCAGAUUUUGGAAUCGUUUACUUCAGUUGUUUCGAAGAUAUUCGCAAAAAACCGUUUUUUACCAUUUCUUUUGCCCGCGAUAACUCUCGAACGAAUUAUCCGAUUGAGAUGGCUAAGGCGGCAAUCGACGCGUUUUAUCAAGUUCUAGAGCUGAUUAGAUUUUGGAGUUGAUCGUAUAAGUCGUUUCUGAGAAAUCAAUAAAAAACCAAAAAAAAAAAAAAUUUUUUUAAUUCUUAUUCUUUGUAUAACUUGUAAACUACAUGAUCGAUUUACCCCAAAAUCUAAUCAAGACUAAGUUUUGGUGAGCUCUUUCGAUCGCCACCAAGUACGUUCAAAUCGGUUCAUCCGUUCCAAAGAUAUCGUCGGACAAAAAAAAGUUCACACACACACACACACACACACACACACACACACACACACACACACACACACACACACACACACACACAUACACACGGACGUCCAUCCGGGAAUAGUCAGAAUAG